GAAACGAGAAUAUUUUGAUGAGAUUAGAAAUUGUGAAGGAAAUGAAACGUGCGGUUAGUUAUAAUGAUGUAGCAGCUUUCGUAUCUAUGCCACUUUCUUCCAAUAAUACGGAAGAAGAUAGUAGUUCUGAAGAAGAGUCAGAGUCUAAAUCUUUUCCCAUGAAGAAGCUGGCUAUUGUCAUGGUUGGUUUGCCUGCUCGAGGCAAGACUCACAUUGCUCGGUAUAUUGCUAGGUACUUGAAUUGGGUAGGUAGAGCAACGAGGGUGUUUAAUGUUGGAAACUAUCGGAGAGAAAUUUUGGGAGCAAGCCAACCUGCUGAGUUCUUUGACCCUAGUAAUCAAGAGGGAAGACGUGCACGUUGGGAAUUGGCUAUCAAGUGCUUGGAUGACUUGAUACUAUGGUUAAAACACCAGCAUGGACAGGUCGGUAUUUACGAUGCCACCAACAGCACCAAGGAAAGACGAAAAUAUGUAAAGGAGCGUUUAGAAACAGAGAGUAUUCGAGUGUUGUUUUUGGAAAGCGUUUGUGAAGAUAAGAGCAUAAUUGAACAUAACAUCAUGGAAACCAAGUUACGUAUGCCUGACUAUCAAAACAUGGAUCCUGAAAGAGCAGUGGAAGAUUUUCAAGCAAGAAUUGCCAACUAUGAAAGAGCGAAUGAGACUAUUGAUGAUGAUGAAAUGGUAUCUUAUAUUAAAAUUAUCAAUGUAGGAAGAACAAUUAUGUUGCAUCAGUUAACGGGAUAUUUACAAGGCAAACUUGUUUCCUAUUUGAUGAAUAUGCACACUUUGUCAAGAAGUAUAUAUUUGACUCGACAUGGAGAGUCAGAAUACAACGCUGAAGAAAGAUUAGGAGGAGAUCCUGAUCUAACAGAGAAGGGAAAGCGUUUUGCUAUAAAAUUAGCGCAAUAUAUUCAUGAAGAAUUCACUGCUCAAGGAAAGGAACUUCCUUUAAUAUGGACGUCGCAACUUCGACGGUCUCGUCAUACUGUCCAGUUUAUUCCUACUCAUAAUGUUUGUUGGCGAGCCUUGAAUGAAAUAAAUGCUGGUGUUUGUGAAGGCAAGACUUUAGAAGAAGUGAAACAACAGUUUCCCAAGCUUUAUGAAGCUCGGUUAAAAGAUAAAUUACAUUUCCGUUAUCCUGGAGGAGAAAGUUACGUAGAUGUUAUUCAAAGGUUGGAGCCUGUAAUGCUAGAAGUGGAACGUAUGAGAGAGCCUAUGCUAAUUGUGAGCCAUAAUGCAGUGAUAAGAGCUAUAUAUGGCUUUCUUAUUGGAAAGCGUCAAGACGAAUGUCCCAAUUUAGAAGUGCCACUUCAUGUAGUUAUCAAGUUAACACCCCGUGCUUAUGGGUGUGAAGAGACCAGAAUAGAAUUGAAUGUCGAAGAUAAUGAAACAGUUGACGGUUCUCGUUUGGAUUCGAAACUGAAUACGCGUUGCACCAAACCACCAAAGCAAGUUUUUUUCUAACAAUUGUUGGGAAUGCUAUUAUGGUAAAGUAGUGAAUAAGUUAUAAAGGACACAAAAGGGGAUAAAUGUAUGCCAAAAUAG